AGCCUGUGGGCGGAACCACUGCCCUUCAUGGCGAUUAAUGACGCAAAUUGAACAACGCUGUGCGUGGUGUGAAGUCUUUGGGUUUUCCUAUUAGUCAUACAGUACUGAUAGAAGGUUUGGGUGGUUUUAAACCACUUCUGCUGUGUGUUCAACAACUCCUCGCGGUCUGCGAUGUGGGCCACGGUAUUUUUGGCCAUCGCUGUUGUGUGUGCAGUGAAUAGCGACAGAAGUUUGGAGGACAAGGGCCGCGUUGAAUUGCAGCGAGUGCGUGAACUCUCGCGGCAGCCGCGUUACGGCGAGUGCUGGUCUCGAGCGCUGGAGAAAAUACAAUCGAGCUGCAAAGAGUUCAGUGAUGAUGUGCAGAGCAAGAUCGCCUUGUCCUUCACACACUGCCACCUGCAAAGGUCAGGUCGUAGUUUCCCAGAGUGUCCUGAAGAUAGUGAUGUCAAAACCUGCACCCAAGACAUGGAUCCUGUGGCCUUCAACACCUACACUGAGUUUUUUACCCAUGCACACAGCAUAUGUCAUUACUUACAGAGUGAGCGCUGGCAACAAAGAGCUGAGAACACCAUUCACAGGUACAAAGGUCCCUAG